AGCUAAAUUGAAAGCAGGUGAGAAAGAACAGGUCACAGACUUUAAAACUGGGCUCGUUAGGUCAAUGACCUUUGCUUCUGCAACAUGACAUCCAUAGUACAUGUCCUGCGGCACCGUCAGAGACGAUACAAGCCUCGUCAGUAUGUCCAACGAGGUAAUUUCAUUGAGCAGUACUCAAAUGAUGAGCUUUAUGCACGGUUUAGAUUUCGAAGAGAAGAUAUUUUGUAUAUAUGUGAAAUUCUUCGCCCACAUCUUCAACGUCCUACAAGAAGGAGUCAUGCCUUAACUGUGGAGGAGCAGGUGCUUAUUGCCCUACGUUUCUUUGCCUGCGGAUCCUUCUAUGAAGUCAUUGCAGAUGGCCUGGCUGUGACAAAGUCUACAGUGGGACACGUCAUGCAUUCAGUGGCAGCAGCCCUGGCUGGUCUAAUUCACCAGUAUGUGAGAUUUCCAGAUACUGAGGAAGAAAUAACACAAACCAAGAGAAAAUUCUUCUCAAUUGCCAGGAUGCCUAACACUAUUGGUGCCAUUGACUGCACCCACAUACACAUUCAGGCACCCCAUGAAAGAGAAUGGGAAUUUGUCAACAGAAAGGGACGGCAUAGUAUCAACGUGCAGCUCAUAGGGAAUGCUGACCUUAAAAUAACCAACUGUGUUGUGAGAUGGCCUGGUUCUGUACAUGAUGCACGGAUUCUAAGAGAAAGUCAUCUCUACAGAAGACUGCAACAAACUGCGCCGGAUGGUAUCCUCCUGGGUGACAGUGGCUACCCACUUCUACGGUGGCUUAUGACCCCCUUUGCUACUGUCACAUGUGACCCACAGCAGAGGUAUAACAAUGCACACAGCGCAACAAGGGGAACAAUUGAGCGUAUCAAUGGUGUUUUAAAACGCAGAUUUGCCUGCCUGAACUAUCUUCGUGUGGAGCCGAAGCAGGCCUGCAAUAUAAUAUCUGCCUGCAUUGUUCUUCAUAACAUUGCCCAAUUGAGAAGAGUUCCUCUGAAUGAAGACAUCCUGGACAGACCACCACUUGAGGCAGAAGUACCACAGCUGCAGCCACCACCACCACCACAUCAAGCCGAUGAACCAGCAGGAAGAGCAGAGGAAGAGGCCACCCCCGAUCCGGACUCCUCCUCCCCCUCUUCGGACCCCCCCCCGCCCCAUUUGGUCUCCACCUCGUCGCAAAAGAAAGAACGUCUGAGACAGGUGGUGAUCAGAUGGUUGGAGACAAAUGAGGAGGCGAAUGACCCGGACCAAGAACCCCAACACCAGGGAGAAGGCUCAGGCCCUUUCGUGGCCUGGCUGCCUCCGACCGCAGACCUGCCCUCCAGGAAGGACCUGGCCCAGGUCGUAGGGAACCUGAAGGGCCGGGUGAAGGGAGUCAGGAAGCUGAGGGUGGAAACAGGAACAAUGGACCCAGGCCAGACCGCCCAGGACCCAAACCAGCUCCCCAAUGUGCCCGACAGCCCCCCCACAAAGGCCCUGGCCCAGGUCAUGGGGAACCUGAGGUUCCGGGUGAAGGGCCUCAAAAAGCUGAGGGUUCAACCAGCAUCCACCUCCCGGCUUGAUGAGAAGCCUUUGGCCCGCCCUUCAGGCCGGAGCCCCUUCCCUGGCCAGACCGCCCCGGGACCAAGAUCAGACCGCCAAUGA